AUGAUGUGGUUGUGGACAUCUUCCCUCAACUUCGUCUUGGCAAUACUCCAACUGGGUUUCAAUCUACUCGUUCUGAUUGCUGUUGCAUCUGAUCGUCGUCUUCACACAAACAUCCAUCUACUUUCAACAAGCUUGUGGGUGUGUAAUAGUAUCACUGCUAUAGUUACCAUAUUCUUCUCACUGAACCCUUCACAAUGCCUUGAAGUACCAUGUUUUCAACAUCAACAACUACCAAAACAGCUUGUCGAUAUGAAGUCUCGCUCGUUUGCUGAAUUGGAAAAGUUCCCAGCGCUGACGACUGCUAUUUUGUUGAACUCGACGAUUAGCUUGCUGACCUUGCUCACAAUUGGAUUUGUGCACGCGCUCGCCCGACACAACUAUCAUCUGUCGAGAUCUCAACUAUCCCGUCUUAUCGGAUCAACAUGGCUCUUGGUGACGUUACUUCUUCUAUCCGACUUCUUCUUAAUCCGUCUUUCUCGGUCCUUUGUGUUAGCAGUACCUUUUCAUCUUGCACUCCUAUCCGUCUUCCUCGUACUCAAUUUGAUUAUUCACCCUCUUAACUUAAUCCAACUCAUCAUUUCUCAAAGACUGAGUCCUGAGUUGCAAGAAAACAGUCAAACAAUUAGAUUAAAAAAAGAUUGCGCAACAGCGUCACUUUGGUUAUUGUUAAACAGCUUAUCCUUCAUUAUCAUUUUCAUGAUGGUUGCAUGGGAGUCAAAAGAAAAGGACCAAUACAAUUCCAUAAUGGGUAUCGAAGUUGCUGCGUUUUCAGUCCAUUGUGUUGCAAAUCCUUUGAUAGCAGUUAUACGAGACAGACAACUUGAACGGAGUCUCUCAAGAAUUAUAAUGAGAAACAAAAGACCACGUACUAACCAUGAAGAAGAUCUGAUUAUUGCUCUGAUGCGUGACCCACCACCGCCAUAUACAGAGUGA